CCGCGUACUCAUGUGUGUGAAGCUGUCACUCAGAGUGGCCUGAGAGAAAUGGCGCAGUCGUAGCUGUAGCUGUCUGGCUAUAGCCCCGAUGCUCUGUUCACACCGCGCACACACACACACACACACAGGCGCAGGACAGAAGGACUGACACUGCCAGCUCCGGCCUCGUGGUAACCAUGGGCCACGGUGUGGGCUGAGGAUCCGGAGGAGGGCUUUACACACACACACACACGCGCGCGCACACACCCACCCACCCGCUAUCGCUUCCACGUCCGUGUAUGACAUGGCCACGGCCCCAUCCAGAUCGGACUGCCGCAAUAACCACGGAAGGACGUCUCAGCUCCUUGCUAUCGUUUUAUGUGCCAAACUCAAGAGGAAGAAGAACUGGUUUGGUGCGACCAUUUACGUGGAGGUGACAGCGGAGGGAGAGAGCAGGAAGACCUCCAAGUCUCACAACCCCUCCAGCCCCAAGUGGGACGAUCCCCUCACUCUGAAUGUAACUCCACACUCACAGUUGGAGUUUAAAGUAUGGACCCAUCACACUUUAAAGGCAGAUGCUCUGCUGGGGAAAGCCACUCUGGAUCUGCGCCAAGCCCUGGAGCAACACGACAGGAAACUUGAAAAUGUGAAGGAGGUGCUAAAGCUGACCGUGGAGAACAAAAAUGGUGUGGUGCCCUCAGGAGAGCUGACUGUUAUCCUAGACGGCCUCGCCAUUGACCAGGAGCCUCUACACAACGGAAACGCCGCCACGACUACAACCAAAGUUCAGCAGAACGGAGAUGCUAUUCACGAGAGCCCGGAGGAAAAUGGACGAGCUCAGAACAGCUCAGUAAACGGUAUACAUGGAGUCGAGAGCGAAGCCCCGUCCACCUCCUCCGGCAACAGCGAUGGCAGCACAGCCCCUGUUGUCAACGGCGACGCGGAGUCCACGCCCACACACCAGACAUCUACGUGUCCCGCGAGCCCUGCAGAUAGAAGCGUGCCAAGUACGACUGUUAACGGAGAGAAUCCUGCAGAUGCAGCCGUUUCAGAAGAGCUGGUGCCUCCCCCUGCUGGUGGGACUGAGGAAGAGAUCGGACCUGCCUCUGCACUCGCCCCUACCUCCUCUCCGUACCAGUCCGCAGCCACCGCAUCCUCCAGCACUCAGCCCAGCGGUGUUGAUGCCUCUUCCUCCUCCUCUUCCUCAUCUGCACCCAGUCAGGCAGUAGCUCCUGCUGCCGCUCCCGCUGCUGCUCCUGCUGUUGUCGCUGCUUCCUCCUCGAGCUCCGCAGCAGACGCUGCUUCGAGCACCAGCACGGUCACGGAGGGGUCCAAACCUCGGCCAUCCAACAAUAGCACUGCAGACCCUUUGCCUCCUGGGUGGGAACAGAGGAAGGACCCCCACGGCCGAACCUACUACGUCGAUCACAACACAAGAACCACGACGUGGGAAAGACCCCAGCCUCUGCCCCCGGGUUGGGAGAGGCGAGUGGAUACCCGCGGCCGCAUCUACUACGUAGAUCACAACACGCGGACCACCACGUGGCAACGGCCGACCAUGGAGUCAGUGCGCAACUUUGAACAGUGGCAGUCCCAGAGAAGCCAGCUGCAGGGAGCUAUGCACCAGUUCAACCAGAGAUACCUCUACUCGGCUUCAAUGAUGUCUGCAGAAAAUGACCCCCUGGGUCCACUCCCUCCUGGAUGGGAGAGACGCGUGGAUUCAAACGAUCGAGUGUAUUUCGUCAAUCACAACACCAAGACCACCCAGUGGGAAGAUCCCCGCACACAAGGGCUGCAGAACGAGGAUCCUCUACCUGAAGGCUGGGAGAUACGUUAUACGAGAGAAGGCGUGCGCUACUUUGUGGAUCACAACACCCGUACCACAACGUUCAGUGACCCAAGGACUGGAAAGUCCUCUGUCACUAAAGGCCCCCAGAUAGCCUACGAGCGCAGCUUCCGAUGGAAACUAGCUCACUUCCGCUACCUGUGCCAGUCCAACGCGCUACCCAGUCAUGUUAAGAUCACAGUCUCUAGACAGACAUUGUUCGAAGACUCUUUCCAGCAAAUAAUGGCUCUGAAGCCGUAUGACCUUAGGAGAAGGCUUUACAUCAUUUUUAGAGGGGAGGAGGGACUCGACUAUGGAGGUCUUGCUAGGGAGUGGUUUUUCCUUCUCUCACACGAGGUCCUGAACCCCAUGUACUGUUUGUUUGAGUAUGCCGGCAAGAGCAACUACUGUCUGCAGAUAAAUCCUGCGUCCACCAUCAACCCAGAUCACCUGUCUUACUUCUGCUUCAUCGGACGCUUCAUUGCCAUGGCGCUCUUCCAUGGAAAGUUCAUUGAUACAGGCUUCUCCCUGCCCUUUUACAAGCGCAUGCUCAACAAGAAGCUCCUGCUUAAAGACCUGGAGUCCAUUGAUCCAGAGUUCUACAACUCUCUUAUCUGGAUCCGGGACAACAACAUAGAAGAAUGCAGUUUGGAAAUGUAUUUCACUGUCGAUAUGGAGAUUCUGGGCAAAAUCACAUCCCACAAUCUGAAACCGGACGGUGAUAACAUUCUGGUGACGGAGGAGAACAAGGAAGAGUAUAUCGGGUUAAUGGCAGAAUGGCGCUUCUCUCGAGGUGUUGAGGGUCAGACCAAAGCGUUUCUAGACGGCUUUAACGAGGUUGUUCCGCUGCAGUGGCUGCAGUACUUUGACGAAAAGGAGUUAGAGGUGAUGCUUUGUGGGAUGCAGGAGGUGGAUCUACAGGACUGGCAGAGAAACACUGUGUAUCGCCACUACACCAGGAACAGCAAACAGAUCAUGUGGUUCUGGCAGCUCGUGAAGGAGGUGGACAACGAGGUCCGUUUGCGACUGAUGCAGUUCGUCACAGGCACCUGCAGACUUCCCCUGGGGGGCUUCGCCGAACUCAUGGGGAGCAACGGACCUCAGAAAUUCUGCAUCGAGAAGGUUGGCAAGGAGACUUGGCUUCCCCGGAGUCAUACAUGCUUUAAUCGCCUGGACCUGCCCCCCUACAAAAGCUUUGAACAGUUAAAAGAGAAGCUCCUUUUUGCGAUCGAGGAAACCGAAGGAUUCGGACAAGAGUAGAGAACGAUCGUCUCUGCAGCAGCGCUUCCAGGGGAAGAAAACUUAAACGUGGAAAAGGAAAGAAAAAAAAAAACAUGAGAAGAGAAAAUUGCACAGAGAACUAUCAAUGUACAUAAGCUAUUUUGUCAUUUUAAACCAAAUCUUAAUCCGAAACCUCAUUUAGCAAUCUCCAUAACAUUAUUCCCCAUGAUUAUGCAAGCAUUUUAGCUUUUUUUUUCUUAUCGUUUAAAAGCAGAAAAUAAAAAAUAUAGUAAUUUUUUUAAAAGGGGAUUGACACACAAAAAAAAAUCGGAAAAGAUUUUAUAAUUAAACCAUAACUACAGCUCUAGUUUUAUAGAGCUCUUAAAGAAUGAUUGUAGUGUUCAGUCCGGUGCUUGGGUUUUGUUUUUUUUCCCUCUUAUUUUAUUUUAUCUUAUUUUAUUUUAUUAUUUCUUUUUUUUUUUUCUUAAAAAAAAAAAAAACUUUAAUUUUGUUUGUGCUGCAGUUGCAUGGCUGUCUCUAGGGAAGAAUCAACCUUCUCCCCUUUCCCUCCCCGAGUUGCCAAGAUGCGUGAAAAUCCAUGCAGUAAAUCCAUAAUCCAUGUGGCAUAACAUCUAAAAUUCAGUAUUGCAGUUGUCACUUUAGACCAACAGUAUUUUAUCCCAUACCCCCCCCCCCCUUUUUUCCCCAAUACUCCCUUCCUCCUCAACUGCUGCACAUUUAGUUACACUUUCUUAGUAAGGAGUUCCCAGAGAAAGGAUUUUAACCCUCUUGCUCACUGCAUGGUCAUGGCUGUUAAUUCAUUUUUUUAAUUUUUUUUUUUUACACCGAGGGCUUUAACAGGUCUUUUAGAUCAAUCGUAGACUACUACUACGGAGACAGGAAUGAUAUUUUGUUAGCAUGUUUAGAGAAGAUAGAAGGCUGGGUGAAAAUACUGCUUCCAAAAAAAAAAAAAAAAAUGAAAUGAAAAAACACCCUUCGUCGUUCACAUGUUUAGAAAUAAAGACACAUUGAAGCCAUCGUUUGAAUUCAGUCCCGAGUUUUAGAUUUGGCUGAAACUCUUGAUUCCUGGUGGUGAAGUCAAUCAAGCACGUCUAAGUCCUCGAGUCGAUUCAGACGCUUGUGGAGCUGAAGAGAAGUUCACUGUGGCAACGAAUCACUGUGUGAGUAUUUAACAUAUUAAAGGAAAACUCCACCCUGAAUAAUAUGCAUUUUAGUAUUUAGAAUUAACAUGUAUUUCAUCAGUGUAUGGGCAUCGGUGGCUCAGUGGUAGGUUUCUCGUCUGAAGGCCCAGGUUCAAUUCCCACCCAAUGCCCACUAGAUCCUGUGCCGGUGGAUGGUUGGGUGGUUUACGUCAGGAAGGGUGUAAAACCUGUGCCAAGUUGUGUCUGGAUCGUAUGGAUCGCUGUGGCAACCCCAAAAUGGGAGCAGCCGAAAGUCCAACAGCAUCCAGAUUUAAUUUGUAAUAAUAUUUUAAAGUUGACACUCAUUUAAUUUUUUUUUAAAUCAACAUUAUUAAACGACUAUUUUUCUAAAUUGGGAAGUUUGAGCUGGCACCAUUGGGAUUCAUCCCUACCUACCCCUUCCCCUGGGAUUCCUCCAUCACUUCAUCUCUUUCUAAAGUCUUAAGCACAUUAGUCCUUUCCUCUAUCCGUCUGUCUCGUCUCCUUUAAUUGUCCACUCUCUCUUUAAAGAGAUCAGCUUCCAAAGCUUCAACUUUCAUACUCGAUGCUAGAGCAGUGCGAUUUUGAUCAAUCUUUUGUUGGUCGAGUCAUGCAUUAAUGAAUGGGUCAGUUUUCCAUUCAGAACCGAUUCACACUUUUUCAAUUAUUUCGGUAAGCUUAGAAAU